AUGGUUAGCGAUAGCGAUACUGAAUCAGAGUCUCAACCCUCAGUGUUUGAGUGGCAGGCGACUGAUUUUGCACACGUCUCUUCAACUCAGCAUGUAGGCUCAAGCCAGGGAACUGCUGAAGAAACGCGAUUUUCUCCUCGAGAGCUUCAGCUUGCUGUCAACAACUUGCGUGCGAUUGACCUCGCUGCUGCGGAGCAUGACGCCACAUUGCACGUAGUCAUUUCACGCGUUUCCAGCACUAUGCUAUGUUUCUUGGAAGGGAUACUAGAGUCUUCUACGCCGGUUUUCAGUGAUGACGGGGAACACGAUGUUUAUAUUGCGAUGGGCCAACUUCUCCAAUUUUCCUUCAUGUCCCUACUAUUCGAUUACCGGAAACUGUUUCACAGAAUUGCUGCUCGUGACACCAGUCACACCAGUGCACCCUCCACUGUCGUCUGCUGGGUAGAUGUUGUCUUGUCGAAGUUGGGUGACGCUGUCAUUUCGCUGAUCGGUAGACAUUGCACUGAUGUCGAGACACUGGAGUGGUCAUUCUCGACGCUGAAGCAGCAGAGGGAGACCGAUUCGCUCUAUGCCGCUGUGCAACUCCCAGACGAAUGGGCUGGUGUACCGAACGUGAUCAAUGCGGAGCAUGCCUCACCUGCUGCUAAACGGCUUGCCUUACAGCUAACAUUCGCAGUUUAUGUGGUGGGGCCCCAGCUGGAAGAUGCUGGUACGAUGAGUGACCAAGAAAACGAUGUUUUGGGCGUUCUUCAACUCUACAUGAAUCGUUCAUCCAUGUCAGACCGUGCAUCUGGGCAGUCAUAUGCAGAUCUACAAUCGACAGAACAUGCAGAGACCGAGAAAGUGCGAAAUGCCAUGACGUUGUCUCUGUUUGCAGCCAUGGAUUCAAUACAACUUGAUGAAGAUCGCACCCCUUUCCGGCCUCAUACCCAAGCCGCUCUAUUGCACUAUAUGACUACUGUCAUGUAUCCCGACAAUUUCUGUGCUUCAGUUCAUGAUCUUGUCUCUCCAUGUGCUGCUCUUAAUGUUGCACAGACUAUCUUGCUCAAGUGGGGACACGUUGUCCCAUGGUGUUGGUUUCUGUGCGAUGAUCCUCGUAUAUUUAACUCGGAGGUCAUUGAUUACGUGACUAUCAAUUGGCUCCAUCAUCUGGAUAGUUCCAAUAAAGACACGGACAAAUGUGCAGAAUAUGUUGAACCUUGGCACGAAGAGGUGACUUCUGUGGUCGCUACAAAUCCAAAGGCUGCAAUUGUUUUCGUGAACCGGAUACUCCACCACACCGUCUCUGUGCUGUCGACGGUUCCACCCGGCCACCUCACGUUGUCUUCGCUUGAUGCUCUUAGAAAGAGUUGUUGGGCAGCUGCGCAGCUGUUGCGUUCAUCUCAGCUUGGAGACUUGGACGUAUCGUCACUGUAUGCCGCGAUGUGCAGACUAUUUGUGCUGCUGCGUGACGGCGAAGAGGAUCUCGCGGUCAAAGACUGUAUAAUCGAGUGCCUAACGUCUGCAUCCCGAGAUAAUCUGCCUUCAGUGAUGAGCAGUAUCUUGGAUGACACCAAGCUCAGUUUGGCUCUCAGGAUGGAGGAGAAAAUCUCAGGUUUGAAGUGUCUGGCUCUUGAUGAAGAUGAGCGGUCAAGUCUCAGAAGCAACGAGACAGCUUCUUUCGGACAGUUGCUACACUUUAUCACGAUCCUGUGGCAUGGCAACGUCAAGACAGCCUUCCGUCGAGAGAUCACAUUACCAUUCAUAAAUGCCCUACUUAAUUGGCUGGUUUCUCAAUCUCCCGGUGCCGACUGCUCAGUGAUGCUACGAGACAGUCUCCUCACUAGCUUGACGGUUGUGGAACCUCUUUUGUCCCAGGAUGGCGUUGAUAGACUCUGGGACAUUGAUGUCGUCUGGCAAAUGGCCAUGGAAAGUCCCCCCACAAACCUGCUCGUGGCAUCCUCGUUUGCUGCAUAUGUGGUGACUACAGCCCCCUCACGGAAUCAAGACGUGUUGGCUUGCUCCGAAGCUUGGGACUAUCUACGCGACGUUCUCUUGCUCGUCUUAUCUCACCAAUUUUUAGGCGACGAGGAGCCUCUGGCAUUACUUGUGUGUCCGAUGGUUUGUCAAGCUUUGUCCUCCUUGAUUCAUUCUGCAAUUAGCGCAACAUUGCAGUAUAUCCUGUCUUCUCCGUGGACCAUGAACCUUUGUACAGAGCUGCAACAACUCGCGAAUGCGAGUAGCUCUGAUGACAGCACGUAUACGAGUGUCCUGCGAGACAGAACUUUGCCGUUUGCGGAGGCUUUGUUAUUCCACGUUACUGAUAUUCUGCGUUCUGGCGUCUGCAGGACGGAGACCAUGGUCCGCAAUUCAGAUAAACAGAGUCGAACGGGAUCAUGCUUGAUCGCGUGUAGAAUAGACUCCGUACCUCGCCUUAUCCUCGUAACAAUUCCAUCCGAGUAA